UUGAUUAUGAUCAUAUUAAUUGAGGGAUCAUUACGACUUUUAAUUUCUUUGUUCUUAAAAAAGUUUCAUGAGUUAAAGCUCAUAGGGACUUUUUGGGAGCAUUUUACUGAAUUGCAACACUGCCGUAAAAUACUUCAUAAAAAAUUUCUCCGUAGAAAUAAACAAAUGUAAAGAAAAAAAUUUCUUUAUGCAAAUAAAAACUUGAAACUGUUUUUUUAAUUUUUUUCUUCGUUUUAUUGCACCCAGCUGAUGUGAUGGUUAACUUAAAUAAUUCAUCACAAAAAACAAAACAUUUUUUUCAUGAAAACACAAACAUUAUUUCCACAUACUUUCGUGAUUGGAAAGAGCACAAUAUGCACUUUUUACUAUUGGUGGUAUUUUUGUAUGAAAUGACAGAUGCAAGCGUGUUUAUUCUUCCAGGAACACGAUGGUGCGGUAUUGGAAAUAGAGCUACCGAUGCACAUCGACUUGGUGCGUACAAACAUACCGAUACAUGCUGCAAACAACACGAUACGUGUCCACACAGUAUUCAAUCUUUUCGCAAAAAAUAUGGUUACCGAAAUUUACGGCUGUACACCAUUUCCGCGUGUUGGUGUGAUCAGCAGUUUCGAACAUGUUUGAAGAAUGUUAGAUCAAAAGUUGCCAUGACGACUGGAAUUAUGUAUUUCACCUUACUAUCCGUCCCUUGUUUUAUUAUUGAAGAACGUGGAGGGACACAGCAAGUCAAAAUAGUCGAUCCAGAAAAGUUUUGAAAGUUAUAGUCAAUACGUAAAGUUAUAAAAAAGAUAGUUCAAUAAAAUCUGCAUAAUAUCAUAUAAUUUUAUAAUUGUGAUUUCGCGAUCUGAAUUGAAAAGUAUUCCGGAUGCCAAUAGCGUGACAUAUCAACUAAACAUCCGCGCGCUCAAUCAACGCCUUACGCCUUUUGGAUUUGUGAUGACGCCAGGUACAUUUAUAAAAGCAAAAUUAUAAAAGUUUGGAGAUUUUUUUUAAUGGCAAUACUAGUUGAGAAAAACAAAAUUGAUUUAUAAAUAUGAAUGCCGGUUUAUUUGUGAUUAUAUUUUACAUAAAAAAUAUCCGUAUAAAUAAACAUAGAGAUGGGAGAAAAGUUCAUUUGGUUAGUAAAAUUUAGCGUGG